AUGUCGAAAGAUCACAAUGCAAGUGCCAAAACAACGUAUGUUCAGAUCCUGAUUGCUUCUUCUGUCGGGCUGAUAUUCGCUGCAGCAGUGCACAUUCGCCUGAAGAAAAUUAAAGACAACAGGAUCAUACCCCGAAUCAAAGUGUCAGACUCUGGCCAAGUUAUUAAGCUAGAGAAAUUCUCUCAUUACGUAGCUAGACAAAUGGGAUUUGCAGAUAAAAAACAGUGUCCAACUCUAUGCAAAUUAGCUUCUGAAUACAUCAGGAAAGCAGAAGGAUGUGAGGAAGAUAUCUAUAACUUCUUUGCCCAUGAACAAGAAGCCGAUUCCCUAUUUAUCAAGCUGGUGGAAGAGUUCGAGCGGUGCAUUCUGAGUUACUUUGCUUUUCAUUGGCGCCAAGCUCCCUAUAUGAUGAGUCAGGUCCUCAGUGCUGCUGAAUCAGAGCCAAAGAAGAAGCUUAAGAGCAUUGUCAUGGCUGCAACAAGGGAACAGAGAUUUGAAAGAGUAACCAAGAAUUUGAAAGUGGCAAGAGUGUUUACAACAUUGGUGGAGGAGAUGAAAGCCAUUGGAUUAGUCUCUGCUGAUGAUUCACAAUGUACAGAUGUGAUGGUUCCUAUGGCUCACAAAGAUAGAAGUCCAGUCCUACUCCUUAUGGGUGGAGGGAUGGGUGCUGGAAAGAGUACAGUGCUAAAAGACAUCCUGAAAGAACCUUUCUGGGUAGGCGCGCAAGGAAAUGCUGUAGUAAUAGAAGCAGAUGCAUUCAAGGAGUCAGAUGUCAUCUACAAGGCCCUAAGUUCUAGUGGGCAUCAUGACAUGCUUCAAACUGCUGAGCUGGUGCACCAAUCUUCUACAGAUGCAGCAUCAUCCCUCCUGGUGACGGCCCUCAAUGAAGGCCGUGAUGUGAUAAUGGACGGCACACUCUCAUGGGUACCCUUUGUCGUACAGACAAUAACUAUGGCCAGAAAUGUUCAUCGACGACGUUACCGAAUGGGAGAAGGUUACAAGGUUGGUGAAGAUGGAGUGGUGACUGAAAAGUACUGGGAACAGAUUGAUGAAGAACAAGAAAACAAUGGAACAAAAAAGAGAAGGCCAUACAGAAUAGAGUUGGUGGGAGUAGUUUGUGAUGCAUAUUUGGCUGUUGUUAGAGGGUGGAAAGACAAAGACAAGACCCUAUUGGUAGACCCAGAGGAGAUAAAUUGUUUAAAAGUAGUAGGCAAGUUAAAUGAGGAAGCAGACACCAUUUAUGAGCUCUACAAACGUCCACAUCCAGCUUAUGAGAAAGGGUCCAUUUGGAAAGACAUAGUUUUAUCACCUUCACGAUUAAACAUACAAAAAGAGCUGAAGUUUUCCAUCCAGAAAGUUGAGAGGUUUUGA